AUGUCCCUCAAAAGGUCGCAUAGCCAGUGGCCUGAAGGUAUCCCCUCAUUUAUUCGCCAACACGAAGAACAUGUCGAUUGGGACAAUCUCGAUGCCGCCACUCGUGCAUGGAGGCAUUUUGUUCGUGAGCGGUGGGUCGGCGGCGACACCGCAGAUCAACAGAAACGAGAUCUGAUCGAGGAAUGGGCGACAGCAGACCAAGGAUUUCGAGAUGGUUAUCACUCUCGAGCAUCACAGGAUGAGCCUAGUCUUUUCGAAGGCCCCGAACUUAAAGACGAGUCUUUCAUUGAAUGUGACGUUGAAGGUUUCGGCAUGGUCUACAUUUGUAUUACCGAAUUGAACGAAGAGAAACAAGCCUUACUGGCUAAGGCUAUACUAGGUUUAUUUCCGUGGGAGGAUGGCGAGGAAUUUCUAGCGAAGGAAAUUGUGAUGUUUUUGCCCGUGAAAGAUAACCAAGAUAUUCUCGAAAGUUUCAAGCUCCAGCGAAGCGUCGCCCGGCCCGAUUUUCUCGAUAUGCAUAUGGCGCUUGAUGGAACGGUGCUUUUCAGGGAUUUUUAUCCUAAGCUGAUUAUUGAUGACCGAACCCUAGAGACAGGACUAGGGCUUUGGGCUCAGUUCGAAACGAACGGUAUCUAUAAAACGGCCUACCGGGCCCAAAUUAUGUCGCCAGAACAUGCCGAAUGUUAUCGUGAUAUUGGUCCUGGCAAUCAGAGGUCGAUACCGCUCGCGUUGCAGUAUAUUGAGAAAAGGUAUCCUGAUCUUGAUGAGAAUAGGGAUCCGAAGUUUAUAUUAGAGGAUGAGCCAGUCGAUAUGCGGAAGCCGAUUGUGGACAUCUACCAGGGUGAGGAAGUCGAUCUAGUGGAUGACUAUGCUCCUGGCUUUCGUGAGGCAGAGGAGGAGGGCAAUGGCCUAGCGAUCGGAUUUGAUUUGCGAGGGAUACUUGCGAACGACGGAAGUCCCUUGAGAAUCACAGAUCAUGAAAGAUCUUAG